CGCGGGGGGCGUGGCCUGUCCCGGCGGGGGGCGCCGAAGAUGGCGGCGGCGGUGGGGGCAGCGGCCGCUCCCUCGGGCUCCGCCGCGGGGCAGCGCCGCUACUCGCUGCUCGCCAUCGUGGGCGGCGGCUGCCACCGGCCCGGGCUGCGGGCGGCAGCGCUGCAGCAGCUGGAGCGAGGAAUCCGUUCUUGGGAUAUCAACCUCUGCUCGUGCAACCUGGACGAGCAGCUGAAGCUCUUUGUGUCCCGCCACUCGGCCACGUUCUCCAGCAUUGUGAAAGGUCAGAGGACCCUCCACCACCGAGGAGAUGUGCUGGAGACCCUAGUGCUGCUCAAUCCUUCCGACAAAUCCCUGUGCGAUGAGCUGCGGAACCUCAUCACGGACGUCUCGCAGCACAAGCUGCUGGUGUUCGCGGGGCCCUGCGUGGAGGAGACGGGCGAGCUGAUGCUGCAGACAGGCUGCUUCUCCCUAAGGGACUUCAUCCAGAUCUUCACGGACAAGGAGGUAGGGGAGAUCCUGAGCUCCGCAGACCCCUCGGCCAAGGCCCGGCUGACCAUCAGCUGCCCAGACUUCGGGGAGUGGAAGGACUCGGGCUUGAACCAUCACAACCUGCAGGAUUUCAUCGAGCUACGCUACAACCCGGGCUGCAUCCUGCCCGAGAUGGAGGGGCUGGAGGAGUUCAUGGAGUACCUCUCAGAGUCGCUGGAGCCCCAGUCCCCCUUUGACCUCCUCGAGCCCCCCACCAUGGUGGGCUUCCUCAAGCUCUCCAAGCCCUGCUGCUAUAUCUUCCCGGGCGGGAGAGGGGACUCAGCUUUCUUUGCCGUCAACGGUUUCAACGUCUUGGUGAACGGAGGCUCCAACCCUAAGUCAUCCUUCUGGAAGCUGGUCCGGCACCUGGACCGCAUCGACUCCAUCCUGGUGACACACGUGGGUACGGACAGCCUGCCCGGCGUCAACAGCCUGCUGCAGCGGAAGCUGGCCGAGCUGGAGGAGGAUCCGUCCCAGAGCUCACAGGGCAACGGGGACUGGGCAAAGAACCUUAUCUCCCCAGAGCUUGGUGUUGUCUUCCUCAAUGCCUCCGAGAAGCUGAAGGACAUCGAGGGGAACUCCCGGGUGCUGAAGAGCUGUGAUGAGGCUGCCCUGACCCUGCACUACCUGGAGAAGCUGGGCAUACAUCCCAAUCCGCUGGCUCGGGAUAACGGACCCUACGCAGAGCCCACCGUCCUCUUCCAGAAGAUGGGAGUGGGCCGGUUGGAUAUGUACAUCCUGAACCCUGUGAAGGGCACCAAGGAGCUGGAGUUUCUCCUGCAGCAGUGGACAGGCAACAGCUACCCUAAGGAGCAGGACUUGCCCCUGCAGUGCCUGACCUCCAUCUGUGCCCUGCUGGUCUGGCACCCUGUCAGCCCCUCCGAGAAGAUCAUCCGGGUCCUCUUCCCCGGCUGCACCCCCCAGAGCCGCAUCCUGGAGGGGCUGGAGAAGGUGAAGCACUUGGAGUUCCUCAAGUACCCUGUGGUCACCAAGAAUGACUUGAAGGGGCAGUCGGUGCCCCAACCUGAGAAGCCACUCAAGCAAAAGAGGGCAGAGAGUAAGGAGAGCCUGAAGUCAGCUUCCAAGCUCAGCUUGGUAGACACCGGGGCACUGGCGGUGAAGGAUAAGGCCCCAUCAAAGGUGGAGAAGAAGGAGGUGAAAGCAGGGACCAAAGAGAAGCCAAAAUCCUUGGGGGAAACGGCCAGAGCAGGAUCAGAAGAGGAGAAAGCCAAGGAUGCGCGAGCCAAGCUGGACUCUUCGAUGGAGAAGCUGAAGGUGGAUGCAAAGCCGAAGGUGAGCAAGGAUAAGGUGGCACCCAAGAAAGAGCCUGUUCCUCGGAAAGAGGAGAAGAAGCUGCUGAAGAAGGAUGAGGUGGCCGAGGCGAAAGGGGAGGCAAAGAAGGAGGUAAAGGUGGUGAAGAAGGAGGUGAAGACUGAAACGCUGCGGAAGGAUGCAAAGGAGAACAAGAUGGAGGCCAAGACUUCUGCUAAGACCGUGGCCCGGAAAACACCAGUCCUGGAGACCCGCAAACCCUUGGCCAAGGCCAGCAGCAUCAAGAAAGCCCCUGUCAAGAAGGAGCCAGAGAAGGCCAAGGCCAAAGCCCCUCGGGAGGCGGGAGGCAGGAAGGAGCCUGGGACGUCAGGUGACUCCAAGUCCUCCUCCCCUGAGGACAUGCUGCCAGAGGCCGAGGGCAGCCGGGGAGCCGCCUCGCCAGGCGCUGGUGUGAGGAGGAAGAAAGAGGACUCGACGGAUGAGGGCAUCACCACAGCCGAGAGUGAGCUGGAGCCCUCACCGCUGGAGAAUGGGGGUGCUGAGGGGCCGGGGGACUCAUCCUGCCUGGAGAAUGGCCUGGAGGAUCCUGACAGCCCCCAUCGCUUCCGCUACCUGGAGAGCAGCCCCUUGAGAGCCGUCUGUCCCCCAUCGCCCCUGGCCAAAACCCCCAAGAGCGACCGCAGCGUCAACUUCGACCUCACGCCCACCGGGAUGCUCAACCAUGGCCCUGAGGGUGGCGAGGAUGCCUGCGGCAGCUCUGAGGAGAAGACCCUGGAGAUGAUGUCUCCAGCCAGCUCGGGGCCAGCCAGUGCCGGGCACACUCCCUUCCACCAAUCACCCGUGGACGAUGGCACAGAGGAGCCGGGCGCUGGCAGCAACCGGCAGCCCAACCCUUGGCCGGCAGCUGGGGGCAAAGCCGUGCAGGACAACUCCAGUUCCUCGCAGGAGAAGCAGGCGGGCUGCCUCUCCCUCAGCCCCUUCAAGGAUGAGGUCCCUGAUGUGUCCCCCACCAUCACCACGCCCUCGCUGCCGGCCGAGGUGGGCUCACCGCACUCCACUGAGGUGGACGAGUCGCUCUCGGUUUCCUUUGAGCAGGUGCUGCCUCCCGUCAGCGAGUCCCCGCCAGAGGAAGGCAGGCGAUCCCGGGGGACCGGAGGGACACCAGAGCCAGAGGCCACCAAGGGUGGCUUAUCGCUACCGCUGCGGCCGUGCCACCACCCACCGCGGGCUGACGGUGACGCAGUGCCACGACCCGGCCGCCGUUCCAACUCGCCCCACGACGUAGAUCUCUGCUUGGUGUCACCCUGUGAGUUUGAGCAUCCCAAAUCGGAGCGGUCACCCUCGGCCGCCGCCAGCCCGCGGGAGCUGUCGGACAGUGACGCGUCGCAGGAGCUGGUGCCACGCGGGGCUCGGCCGCACCAGCUGGCUGGCGAGACGCCUCCCACCUCCGUCAGCGAGUCAUUGCCCACCCUCUCCGACUCUGACAUCCCUCCAGCCACCGAGGACUGUCCCUCCAUCCUGGCGGACGGGCUGGAGUCAGAUGAGGACUCGGAGCAGCCUGCCCGUGGUGUGGCCAGAGCCCGGGACCCGCUGCCGGCGCCCAUGAAGGAUCCCUGCCCCAUUCCUGCCCAGCCCGGCAUCUGCAUGGUGGACCCCGAGGCGCUGCCAGCCACCAAGAAGGAGAUCCCCGGCAAGGUGAAGAGGACCCCGUCCCGCGUGGGCUCAGUGCCUGCCGCCCCCAAAGCUGAGCCCUCCCGGCACCCCAACUCAGCCCCCAAGGCCAGGGGCACCACCAGCUCGGCCCGGGAUGCAGGGGACAAGGCCAGGCUGCUCCUGGGGGACAAGAAGGGCCCCACCAGUGGGGACACCCGCACGCCAGGGAGCACCCGCAGCGCUGGAGCCCGGCUGCCGGCAGGAGCUGGCAGGGCGUCACCAGCAGGCACGCGGGCUGCAGCCCCCCUGGGACCCCCCAUCUACGUGGACCUGGCGUACCUGCCCGGCUCCUGGAGUGCUCGAACAGUGGAUGAGGAGUUCUUCCGGCGCGUCCGUUCCCUCUGCUAUGUGGUCAGCGGCGACGACCACCUGAAGGAGGGGGUCCUGCGAACCCUCCUCGAUGCCCUGCUCGCCGCCAAGCACCAGUGGGGCACUGACAUCCAGGUGACCUUGAUCCCCACUUUUGACUCGCUGGUGAUGCACGAGUGGUACCAGGAGACGCACGACCGGCAGCAGGAGCUGGGCAUCACGGUGCUGGGCAGCAACAGCACCGUGGCCAUGCAGGAUGAGACCUUCCCUGCCUGCAAGGUGGAGUUUUGAGGUGGGGGGGCUUCCUCCUCACCCUCCUCCGAGACCCCCCUCCUCUCCCUCCCUCCACACCCACUGUGGUUUGGAAGGGAGGGGGAGAGGGGAUUCCGUGAGGGGGGUGAUGGGCUCGCCCCCCCCCGCCCCAGACCACCAGGGGCCCCCGCAGCACCCACACACGCCGCACCCUCGCACACCGCGUGGUUCCCGCAUGCCCACGCCGGAGCCGGACACUCCUCGCUCUGCACCCACCGCCAUCCUAAGGGAGGGAGGGUGAGGGACCAGCCAGUCACAGGGUGCCCCUGCCUUUUUGGGGUGGGGGGGACACACAGGAGCCGUACCCCCCUGCCUCCAGUGGCAGUGCUGAGCCGUUCCCAGCGGGGCUGUGCUCGAUUUAACAGGGUAAAUUUUGUUGUGUUGUUCCUCUCCCCUACCUGGAUCAGCCACUACUGCCCCCCCUCCCCUUUUCCACAGCCCCAAGCCUCGUGGUGGGGGCAUAUCCCCUUUUUGUGGGUUCCCUCCCCCCUUGGGGCAGCACUGGGGCUCAGGGAGGCUGCUCCACCGACACUACAGCCAUGGAUUUAAUCCCUGGCAUCGUGUCUCCCCCUUCCUCCCUGGGCACGGCUGGACCUUGUGGUCGUGUCCCCUCCCCUCAUCAUGUGCAGCAGUCGAGAAGGGGGGGGGUUCUCUCUGAUGAGCUGAGACCUGGCAGCUCGUUGCACGGAUGGCGCUUCCCUCCCUGAGAGCAGGAGCUGCGGGGCCCGAUCCUGCACCCCAGAUAAGAAAGAGGGAGCAAGAAAGGCUUUACUCCCUCCCUCCCCCUUCAACCCUUCAACGUGCUGGAAGGCUGUUAAGAAACCAAAUGUCACGUGCAAUUUUUAAGGGGUUUUGUGAGUGGACAGCGGGAGGGGGGAGCUGGGAGAAGGUAGGGGGGGGGUCAGGAAGGCCCCCCCCUCCGCUUUUUCCCAGCUGGGGCAAACACUAAACUCGUUUUGUAAGAGAGGCUCCUCGCUGGCUCUUUUUGUAAUGACUUUUUAAGAAAAAAAAAAAGGGAAAAAAAGAAAGAAAAACAAAAAAAAAUAUGAAGAAACCAAACCUGUUCUUGCCGGGGGGGGUAUUUAUCUGUGGCUCCCCCGGUGUGUCCCCCCCCUCCCCGGGUCCUGGUUGGCGGCCGCGGGGGCUUUUACCUUGGAUUGUCUUGUCCUACGUGUACGGGGAGGGGGGACUGAAUGUUUCACCUUUAGUGCUUUAUCUAUUGUUUUCUUAGCUGGAAGCCGGGUUGGAGGUUGGGGGGGGGGGGUAAG